AUGAUGCAUCGAACUAAGCUGGACACCGAAUCAGGUGGGUCUGCGUUGUCUUUAGAGCUGGACACCGAAUCAGGUGGGUCAUCACCAUUUCCUCCGCUAGACACCGAAUCAGGUGGGUCUUCUCCAUUUCCUCCUUUGAACACCGAGUCAGGUGGGUCCUCUCCAUUUCCUCCUGUAGGUUACAUAGUGGGCAUGUGGGUUGAGUGUAUACUCCCAAUCCGUGAAGGCGUUUUGCCAGGCAAUCGUGUCCCCCAAAGUCUAAACUCAGCAACGGCUUCGAUUCUUGGCCAUUCGGCUAUGUGCCAGUCGGCUAUUUCGGAGAGUGCCACUGUCCACUAUUUCUCCCUUGUUCGCCAGUCGGCUAUGUCGGAGAGUGCCACUGUUUCUCCUUUGUUCGAGCUUUAA